AAACUCUAGUAAGAUGAGUACAUUUUUUUCUCUCUAAUGUUUGAAAGAGAAAAAAAAAAAAAAUAGCAACAAUUUGCGGUAGUUUAUUCAUCAAUGGACGUUCCUUCCCCUUCGUCUUCUUCUUCCCACUGCAAUUCCAACGAUACCCUUCCAACAACAAAACACACAACCGCCACUCUCUUCAUUCAUCCUUCCAACAAUCGCGACACAAAAACACGCAAGAUCAAAACGACGUCGAAUCAUACAUCACCGAAUGACAAGUUAUUGCCGCGCAAACGACGAGCCGUUAGAUUCCCCAUUCGCCGUAAAACAACUGACGUAGCUUCAAUCGGAUUCCCUCUUGGAAUGUCAUUUGCAGCUGUUAUGGCUGAGGUGUUGUAUAAAAGAGAUGCAACAAUUGAUAUUGAUAAGGUUUCUCCAUCUGGUAUAUCAUCGAUAUGCACAUCAGCCAUCAAAGAAUCUCUAACAAAUGUUUAUGGAGACAAGCUAGAUGAUAUGGCUAGGAACUUCGAACAAUCUUUUGCUAGCACUUUGAGUACUCUCAGAUUAAUUUACGAAUCAUCUAGGAGCAAUGAAGGAAAUAAUUUGAAUACUAGGAAGAUAGGGUUUCCAACUUGUAAAUUGACUCAUGGCAAAGGUGAUUUCUCAAGUGGUUCUGUCAUUGAUGGUGGUAAUUCAGAGGGAGUGUUGCGUGAAAAAAUCCAAGAUCAAUCAAAUAAUUGCAAAGAGGUCAAGGAGAACUUUCAUAUGGAUUCAAUCAGUCACGGUGUUACCUUGCACAGGCAAUCAAACCAAUUGGUUUGUUUUCCUCCAAUCUCUUCUCGAUCUGGAAUUAAUAAUAGCUCUAUGAUUAGUGCUUCUGAGAAAUCUGUUAUGGAGGAAAGUCGAUCAAAUGACCUUAAGACAUUAGAACUUGCCCUUGCAAUGAAAAAACUGAAAUUGAAAGAGACACAGUUGGUUCUCAACUCUGAUUUGAAUCAUCUAGAGAGAUCGAAGUUGGCCAUGGGAAUGUCAAAGGCAUCUUUUAAAGUUGAAAAGUUUAAGAAUCAAUUGGAAGAUAUGAGACACGGUGAACUAGUUAAGAACUGCGUAGACUGUCUUAUUGCCGGUCUGCUUGUCAUGUCCUCCUCACUUUUGUAUGGAGCUUAUGUUUAUUCUUAUGAACGCAUCGCUGAAUCUACUGCAUCGUGUACUCCUUCAAAUAAGGAAUCCAAGUCCUGGUGGAGUCCGAAGUCAAUGUUCUCUAUUGAUACAAAGUGGCAUGUUUUAUGGUGUCAAGUUCAAGUUAUGAGCCGAAUGGUAUUUGGCAUCUUAAUGAUUUUUGCUAUUGCAUAUUUGCUAAUCAUGAGGUCAACAACAAUAUCACAGACAAUGCCCGUUACUUUCAUUCUUUUGCUAUUAGGAAUUGCGUGUGGCUACUGUGGCAAACUUUGUAUAGGUACUUUGGGAGGGGAUGGUUCUUUGUGGCUCAUAUAUUGGGAGAUUAUGUGCAUGCUGCACUUCUUAUCAAUUGUCUGCACUCCCACUCUGUUCAAAAUCCUUCAUGGACCGGUCGUUGCAUCACAUAAAACAAAGCAGAAUAUAAUCAUUCCAUAUUGGUUUCGCCGAUUUUGGUUCUAUUCGACUUUGCUUGUGUUUCUGCCAUUAUUUUGCGGUCUUGCACCUUUUGCUAGUUUCGAUCAAUGGAAAGACCAUUUUUUGUUGAAGGUUUCAGUAUUCAACAAUUUCGAAUGAAAAAAGUCAUAGGUUGGUCAUGGAAAACCUUUCUUUGGGUACAUACACUUCUCUUACUGGGAGCUACUUUGCUUGUAAUUAGCUUAAAAGCAUUAAUGAAGCAAAAACUGUAUGAAUUGUAUUUAGUAUCGAUUUUGCUAAUUGUUUGCUUGAGUCCCUCUUGUUUAGUUUAUAGAAUACUUAUUUUGGAAAUUAGACGGGGUCAAGUGAUCUUCAACUAAUUUAUAGUUUGAAUUGAA